AUGGUGGGAGUAAAUCAGGCUUUCAGUCUGUCCAAGAUAGCUCAGCUGAAAGAUAAGAAAGCCAAGCAAUCCACUUGGAAGUUUAAUCUUGACCUUACUCAUCCAGUUGAAAAUGGAAUCUUUGAUUCUGGAAAUUUUGAGCAGUUCUUGAAGGAGAAAGUUAAAGUCAAUGGAAAAACAGGAAACCUAGAGGAUGUUCAUGUUGAAUGCUUCAAGAAUAAGAUCACAGUUGUGUCUGAUAAACAGUUCUCUAAAAGAUACUUACAAUAUCUUAUCAAGAAAUAUCUCAAAGUGAAUAGUCAUCAUGAAUGGCUUUAUGUGGUUGCAUCAGACAAGGAAACUUAAAAACUUUGUUAUUUCUAGAUUAGUCAAGAUGAGAAGGUUCUGAAUAUUUUUUGA